UCAUUUACUACUCUUGUGACACUUUGUGGCAAUAUUUAUACCAUGCCCUUUGUUAUGAUCUUUGUUCCAUAUUAACAUCACACUGAAAAUCUUUAAGCAUAUUUACCUCCAAUGGCGAUUAAACGAGUCCUCGUUUCAAUUUUCUUGGCUUUGGCCCUUGCAAAAGGCGAACAACAGCACACAGCCCAAAUUCUCAAAGGAUCAAUAACUUGCCUCGACUGCCCGAAAAAUUAUGAUCUCUCAGGAAUUCAAGUCCUCGUGAAAUGUGACAAAGUCAAGAAGCUGACCAUGGCCUACACCGAACAAGACGGGACCUUCGAAACGGAGCUGCCAUCGGACGGCCCAAAAUUAUACAGCCCAUCACACUGCAUGGCCAGGAUAAUGGGGGGCCCACAACUAAUCUACUCCUCGAAAAAGGACUCUCUUGUCCCAAUUUCCAAAGCAGGACCAUAUUAUGCUACGUCCAGGCCCUUGAGCUUCUACAAGACGUGCCCAGUCAAAGGAAAAUGUUUGGCCCAAAACAAUGGUCUUGGUUCGUCCAAGACCGUUGACUUGCCUCUGCCGAGGGAAUGGGGAUUGGCGCCAUCUAGUUAUUAUCUUCCGUUUUUUCCAAUCAUUGGGAUACCUUAAUUAAUUACAUGAUAAUAUAUAUUUGUAUACUUNAAAUGUGUGCCUUU